UGCGGUAGCUGCAGCGGCGGCCGCAGGAGUUUCCCACAAUGCAGCGCGGCGCGCUGUCCCCGGUGCUGAUGCUCAGCGCUGCCCCGGAGCCUCCGCCGCGCCCGCCUCCCGCCCUCUCCCCGCCGGGCCCGGGCCCCCGCCAUGGCUCGGCUCGGCCCAGCCCUGCCCCAGAGCCGUCGGGGGGCCUGGGCGCGGCGCUCGACAGCAGCCUGCGGGCUGCCGUGGCGUUCAAGGCGGAGGGCCAGCGCUGCUACCGAGAGAAGAAGUUCCGGGAAGCCAUCGGCAAGUACCACCGGGCACUGCUGCAGCUGAAGGCGGCGCAGGGGGCCCGCCCUGGAGGUCUGCCCGCCCCCGCCCCCGGGCCCGCCAGCAGCCCGGGGCCAGCCCGCCUCAGCGAGGAGCAGCGGCGCCUGGUGGAGAACACGGAGGUGGAAUGUUAUGACUCUCUCACGGCCUGCCUGCUGCAGUCGGAGCUGGUGAACUAUGAGCGGGUGCGCGAGUACUGUCUCAAGGUCCUGGAGAAGCAGCAGGGCAACUUCAAGGCCACCUACCGCGCUGGCAUUGCCUUCUACCACCUGGGCGACUAUGCACGCGCGCUGCGCUAUCUGCAGGAGGCCCGCAGCCGGGAGCCCACAGACACCAACGUCCUGCGCUACAUCCAGCUCACCCAGCUGAAGAUGAACCGUUGCAGCCUCCAGCGGGAAGACAGCGGGGCCAGGGCGGGGGCCGGGCCGGGGACUCGGGACGUCAUAGGCUAAGGCCAGCCUGGGGGACUGUUACUGCCCCCACUCCCACCUCACCGUGUAACUUUCCCUGCCUCGCGUGUUUGCUGGUAAAGCACUUGUCACUGGUGACCGUAA